AUGGUGUCCCUUGGCGUCCUGACAGUCAUUAUUGGCACCAUUAGAGUUCAAGGUCCGAAGAUUGCAAGGUCACUCAUCGGUCGCGCCAGAGGAAACCGCGCGCUCGCGGAAAUCGAGUUGAUGUCAUCAACGUCUGGCGAGCACGUGCACAGAAAAGCUGACAGAGAAUCUACCCUCCUCGCAACCCAGUACCAGCCUCAGCCAUACCCCGAGCAGACUGGCGGUUUUUGGUCCGACCCUGGCAGUCCAGCUGGCGACUACACCGGCGACACCCUUGGCACUAUCUGCCCCAACACCUGCAACCCCUUCAACCCCGCUGAGCACUUCUGCGACAUCACCACCGGCUGCGCCACCACUGGUGGAAGCAAAUACUACUGCGCCUUCCGUGCUGGCUUCAGAGCCAACAACUACAACGCCAAGGACUUCUCCAAGCAGUUCAAGGUUGUUGCUCAGCCUUACGUCUACCUUGCUGUCAGCACUUCUUGCAACACUCCUUGCAGGGACCAGACCUGCAGUGAGGUUUUGAAGCGCUCGCAGUGCAAGUAAGCGACCAUGGAGGAGAUUUGGUGUAUUGAGAAAGAAGAAGAAAGUCAGUUUUCCAUAUGUUAUAUCUCAUGUGUCUUAGUCAAAUGUUUCUGCACGGUAGAGUUGGGGUUGUAUAGAAGACCUAAUUUAUGCACAAGCAAUGCAUAUUCUCCUACAACAAAUGCGUCCCAUGUGUUUUUGAACCGUGAUUGAAAUGUAUU